GUGACUACUGCUAGUAUCGAGCGCAUUGACAAACUAACACAGCUGUGAUGUCACGUAAUGUAACGUUAAGGAGAGAGUGAUAGUCGGGUGUGCAGUCCCUCGCAUCUUUGGGUUUACUUUAAAUUUUGCGUUCUGCAGCAGUAACCUCCAGCUUACCUCGGGGGUUUUGCCUGCUCGGUGACAGCGGAAUGUCCCCGGCUGCCGACACCCACAGGAGGACUGCGGUACCUUGGUAACAUGGGAAAUGUAAAGGCCCGAGAGGAGAUUCGGGUUUGAUUGACGGCGAAUAUCAUUGGCGAGAGGAUGGAGAGUUCAUGAUACGCUGGAUGAAGGGGUCGAGGAAAAGGUCAUUGGCUGUCAUGACAUGUAAACAACGAUGUCUAUCGUUCGGAAGCUUGGGAGCAAGAGUAAAGUCGAUUACAAGACCAAGCUUGAGCACAAAUUGUAUCUGGCCAGGAUGAGUCCAUCUUCAACUUAUGAUAUUUCUGAAUGUAAUUUAGAAAAUGUACCGUCUAGUACUUACAUACUUUGCGACGUUUUAAGAAAAGAGACAUUACUGAUGCAGCGCAACAAACUAAAAUCUUUGUCAGGUGGUGGUGCCUUAAAAUACCUGUCUCUUAUAACAGUUUUAGAUGUACAAUCCAAUGAAUUGAAUAAUUUGCCAUCGGAUAUAGCUCAUCUUAUAUCGCUCAAGGAAUUAUAUUUACAAGAAAAUAGUAUACUAAAAUUACCAAAUGAAAUUGUACAUUUGAAGAAUUUAUCUAUUUUGGAUAUAUCAAAAAAUAAACUCAAAUGUUUACCCGAGGCAAUUGGCGAAUUGAAAAAUCUCAUCUUUCUGAAUCUCAGCCACAACAAGUCUCUACAGAAACUACCAACAUCAUUGGGAUAUGCGCAACUAAUAACCCAAUUGGGAAUCGAUGGAUUGAAGCUAUCCUAUCCUUCCGAAGAAAUACAGAGCGGCGGAACAAUUGUUAUUAUAGCUUUCUUAGCCAACGAAUGUGGUAUUAAUUAUUCUCCAGAAAAUUGUUUUUCAGAAUCUGAAAAAGCUACCAAUUCCAAAAAUAUUCAAAUGUUAACUCAUAAUAAGGAUAACGAUAUUCAGGCAACAUUAUCGAAGUUAGACAAAAUGAAGGAACAACGACAGACUGCUCUUUUAGAAGUUGAAGAAAAUAUCAAGCAACAACAAAAGCAAGAGCUAGAGAUGCAAAAUAAGUUAAAACUUAAUAAAAAGAAGCUUCUGAGUGAUUUAGUCGAUCGAGAAAUUCAAUUACAAAAAGAAAUUGAAAAAGUACAACAUGAAAAGGAUAGUAAUCGAUCUAGAUUGUUAUCCUACAUUUAUAAUGCUAAAACGGAGGCCAAUAAUGUAAUAAAAGAAUUUUUACAUAAUAGCGAAAAAGAACGUCAAACUCAUGCUGAAUUACUUGAGAUAGAGAAGAAUGAAGAGAUGCUGUUACUUUCUCGUAGUCAUUCCGAGCAAUCUUUACACCGCACAAAAGAUACGCUUUUCGCAAUGAAAGAGUUAUUGGAAGAUGAACUAUGUAAAGGAAGAAAGCUUGCAAAAUAUACAGCAUAUAAAAAUUUUAAUGCUCAAUCCUUAUUAAGCAUAGAAUCGAAAAGUAACGAUCAGCUGUUGCAAGUAAUGCAAGAUCAAGAGAAAAGUAGACAAGAUUUAGUAAUUAAAAUAAAAGAGGAUGAGCACUUACAGAAGGUAGUUGUGACAGCUCUAUUAGAACGGAGUGAUGCUAGAUCUUGGAGUAUAGUUCAACAAGUAAAUUUAGUCCAGUCACAACUAACAGCACUGACAAACAUAGAACUGGGGAAAAAAAAAUUACAAAUUAAUCAACACAUAAACGACGUAGCAGAUAAAAGAAUUGCUUUAAGCGCAAUUUUGAUUAAUCUGUUAGAACAGCAAGAACAAAGAAGACAACAGCUUUUGGAAACAAUGAAACAAAUUGAAGAACAACGAAAUAUUUCGGCCUUAUCCAAAUGCAACAGCUCAUUUUGGUUACUUCAAUACCAAAAAUUAAUAGAAACUCGACCUCAAGGACUUUUAGAAACUUUAGAUUCUGCUUUAGUACGUAAUGUAGCAAUGGCAGGGGUCUUGCAUUGUUUACCAUUUUUAUGGGCACUUCCGUCAUUACUUCCUAACUUAGAUGAUGAAAAAUUAAAAUCUAUGGGAAUAGCAAAUGAAACCGACAGAGUUGCAAUAUUAAUAGCCAUAGAGAAUUAUUUGGAAGAGAAAAAAUUAAAAUCUUGCCAAUGUUCUCCGUCUGCUCCAUUGGAAGAUGAGCCUUGCACUAGUUUUUCAGAUUCAAAAUGUAUAUACGAACCAAGUGCACCCGCAGAAUGCACUGUUUGCAUGGAGAUUGAUUGCGAGGUUAUUUUCUUGCCUUGUGGACACUUGUGCUGCUGUGCAAAAUGCGCAGAUAUGAUUUUAAUAGAAUGUCCUAUGUGCCGAACUACAAUAGAUCGUAAAAUUAAGAUUACAAAGCAAUAA